GACAGCCUUCCCAGUGUGUCUUUUUUUUUCUUGAAAAUAUAUUGACGCGCAUACAUUACUUAACUAAUGUCGUCAAAGGAACAAGAAACAACUAGUCUUUUUACAAAACUUAAAAAAGCCAUCGACAGUGAAGAUGACCAGCAGGCUUUAGAACUUUGUGAUCAACUCUUAAAAUUGACACCAGAUGAUAAAAUAGUCCUUCAAUCUAAAGUCAUCUCUCUCAUUCGUCUCGAAAAAUACAGAGACGCCCUUACACUCAUUGCUCGUCAAUUCAGAAACACAAAGGAAUUGGCUUAUGAAAAAAUCUAUUGCUAUUAUCGUACAAACCAAUUUGCACCAGCCAUGGAACUUUUGGAAGAAUUGUCAUCAAGCAAUCAGUCACCUUCCUUACUUUAUCUUGAAGCACAGCUCUUGUAUUCACAAGGGCAAUUCAAAAAAGCUGUUGAAGUGUAUGAAUCACUAUUGAAAACUUUGGAUAAAAAAGAUGUUCUUUAUGACGAAAUUCAAGUAAACUUAUUAGCUGCAAAGGCAGGUCUUUUGUUCUCUACCUAUCAAAGCAAGGAAAUAGACCCUGUAAAGGAAAGAUCAGAAGAUCUUUAUGAAGUUGCUUAUAACGCUGCUUCGGUUUAUUUGGCGCAAGGAAAUAUUGCAAAGGCCCAAGAACAGCUUGAAUUAGCUCAGAAGCAAUGCAUGGAUAAAUCAAGCACAAUGAGUGAAGAAGAACAGGAACAAGAACUGGCUGUCAUCACAACUCAGUUGGGAUACACAUACCAGCUUCAAGGACGCACCUCGGAAGCAAUCAAAAUCUAUCAAUCCGUGCUAAACUCAAAAGACACAAGUAUUGCAGCUGUUGCUUCUAACAAUAUUGUUGUUAUUGACCAAGCAAAGGAUGUAGAAGAUGCAGCUAAAAAAUUAAAGUUUGCAACAAGCAAAGAAGCCGAUGCUAAACUAAAAAAUUACCAAAAGCGCGUGAUCUUAAUGAAUGAAAGUUUGUUACAUUUAUAUGCAAAGAAGUAUGCUGCAUGUAGAGAUCAAGCACAAAAAUUGAUUGAUAAAUAUCCAGAUAACGACUCGCUCUAUCUUGUUUUAGCGAGCGCCACUUAUCACCAACAUAAGGCCAGCAAGGCAAUCGAGGAACUCAAAAAGUAUGCUGAAAAGAAACCUACGUCACUUGCUAUUCAUUUUGCAGCUAUCCAACUGCAAAUGCUUGAGUCACAACAUAAGGCUGCCUUAGAGACACUACAGCAUUAUUUGAACGGGGUAGCUGAUAAUAAACAAGAACAGUAUAGACCUGCUAUUGUCGCCCUUUUGGUCUGGCUUUACCAACAAACAGGUCAACCCGAGAAGGCGAUGGAAACUUUGGAUAAGGCAGCUUCCAUCUGGAAGUCAGAUGAUUCCUUUGCCUCGACACAUACACCAACUUCGAUCGUUAAACAGACAGCUGCGUUCAAACUAAAGGCUGGACGUCUCCAAGAAGCAGUUGAGGACUAUGAGCAACUUGUCAAGGAGGAUCCAACAGAUGCUCAGGCUGUCGCUGGCUUGAUCGCAGCCUAUGCUCAGGUCGAUCCUACCAAGGCAGAACAGUACGGCAGUGCUUUGCCAGAAAUCGCACUCAAUCAUAUAGACGUCGACACACUUGAAAAGAUAGUACCUGGUGUAAAGCGAGGAUAUGUAAAGAAGGAUCCUAACGGUACUUUUGUUAAGAAGCCAAAGCAAAAGAAGAAGAGAAAGCCACUAUUGCCCAAAAAAAUGGACUCCAAGUCUCAACCUGAUCCAGAACGAUGGUUACCCAAACAAGAGCGUUCAAAUUUCCGUGCAAAGAGUAAGAGUAAGAAGACUGCCAAGAGUUCCACACGAAAAGCCUAGAGACAUAAUAAUUAUAAAAUUCUCCAAUAAAAAGCGCGGCUCGAAGAGUCCUUUUUCUACCUCAAUACAAAAAGUACUUAAAUUACAGUCUUUUCAAUCUUCUUUUUAGACUGUCAUUGAGCAAUAUGUUC